GGUAGAUGUGGCGGGGCCCUGUGCUCUGAGCAGAGUGGGAGGGGGAUGUGCUGUUAGCAGACUUGUUGACCACUCUGGACAAGUUCUGAGAGAAACAGAGCUGCUGUUAGAAACACAGGAAGUAGAAAGAGAGAGAGAGAGAGAGAAGGGGGGGGCAGCCUUUUCCGUACUUCUUUUUUCUCUCUCUCCUGUGUUGUUUCUCAGCUCAGGGCCGAGGAUCUCGCAAUUCGGGAGGGAGACCGGCGAGUGGAAGAUGGAGGGCGGCCCCCGCCUGAAGAGGGCCCAGGCGCCGCGGGCCGGCGCGUGAGUCGGCGGCGAAGGACGGCGGGCGCGUGCAGCCGCAGCUCCGAUGGCCACUGCGAUGAUGAGAACGGCUGGUGUCACUCAGGAAACACGGGUCAGUCUAGAGUCUCGCCCCCUCAACAGUGGGUCAGCUGUCCCAGCUUCCUCCUGUGAAGCUUCCUCCUCCCCAUCUGCUUUCCUGAAGACCACCUCAAAUAGACCGGUGGGGCCUAUGUCCCUGCUGGACCUGCAGCCCUCUUUGGCUUCCUGCCCCGGACCACUCUCUCCCAAGAACCACAGGCCCACAUCUCAUGGAGGCCCCACAACUCCUUCCAUACCUGCCACUCCCUCCUCCCCCCCGGACUUGACUUCUUCGCCUCCUCAGGACUUUGUAUCCCAGUCCCCCCCUACCCUGAUGCAGCCCUUGGUACCAUCUGUGCCACUGAGCAUCAGCGUUCUGGAGAGGCUCAUAAAGACAUGUCCCGUGUGGCUGCAGCUGGGCAUGGCGCCUGAGCGUGCUACUCUCAUCCUACAGAAAGAGGUUCCUGGGGUCUUUCUAGUGAGGAAAAAUCCAUGCCUGAAGAAGAUGGUCCUAUCAGUGCGCCUCUCUGACCAGGAGGGGGUGCCACAAGUCCAGGAUCUGCUAAUCAAGGAGCAGAAGUCAUUGAUCUACGUGGACGGCUCAGUCCUAGUGUUCGAUGACAUUUUCAAACUCAUCGCGUUCUACUGUGUCAGUCGAGAUAUUCUUCCAUUCAAGCUGAAGUUACCCCAGGCUAUUGUCCGGGCAACCAAGUAUGAGGAGAUGGAGAUGAUCUCCAGUCUGGGCUCAGAAUUCUGGGGCUCAGGCCUGAACCGGUGCCCUGAGGUGGGGAAGGUCUGCCCUGGAUCCCGGGGCCCAACCCAUGGCCACGCUAGCCAGUGCUCAUGCGAGCUCCAGCCGUCCGUAGGGGAUGAUCGGCUGUGGUACGUUAAUCCCAUCUUCAUCGAGGAGUACUGCAGCAGCCUGUCUCACACGCCGCCCCUCUCCAGGAGCCAGAGCCUGACCACCCCGGGUCAGGGCCCGCCUCGCUACAAGAGACCCCCGCCUCUGCCACCACGGCCCCAACUCUCAGAGGAAUCAGCAUCAGCCAAGCUGGCAAGAGGCCGGGCAUCUUGGCCUACUUCCUCUGCUGCCCUACAGCACAUUAGUAAUCCCCCCCCGUACACUCCCAGGGGGCGUGCGGUAGGGGAAGGCCGGAGUGUGCCUGUGCAGCUUCCUCCGCCACCACCACCGCCAUGCAGCUCCAGCAUUCCUGCAGCAGCGCUGCCUCCAGCCCAGCAGUGCAUCCCCAGCGUCCCGCCCCGUCGCAGGAAUUUGGAAAAGCAGCCUGAAGAGCCCCCGGCGCAGGAAGAAGAACAGGGGGCCAUGCCAAGUGAUGCCGGUGAGAAGGUCUGCUCGGUGCCCGUUGCUACCCUGGUCUGCAUCGAGGAUGCGCCAGGCUCAGAGACAGGUCCUCCAGAUGAGGGGGUUCCCAUAGCUACCAAGUCCACCCUCCCGACUAAGCCUACUGACCCCGUGGCUCCUGCUGUUGCCCCGAUAAAGAAACCGGUCCCCGUCCCCCCACCCAGGAAGAAGAGACAAUCCCAUGUUACUUUCCCUCCAGCGAUUCCAACAAUAGGAGAAGAACCACAGGGGGAGCAGUUGGACACAGUAGUAGAGGAUGCUUCCUCCCAGACUUUCACAGUCCCAACACCAACGCAUUGCUCCAUCUCACACAUUGACCUCCAGGGCUCCGAUGUGUCCCUGUAUUCACCCGAGGGCGGCGUGACUCAGCUCGACCACGACUCCUACUCAACAAGCAGCACCGAAGAGGAGACUGACGUCACUGGCAGCCCAGUGAUCCCAGUGAAGAAGAGCUCCACCGUCAUGCUGGACAAGGCCAAGCAGAGGCUCUCCAUGGCCAAUCUGUCCCACAUCUUCAUCAGCUUCAUGAGUGCCGACAGGAAGCUGAAGAAGCGCAUCGUAGAGCUGGCCCAAGACCGCGAAUCCUAUUUUGGAAAUUUGGUCCGGGACUAUCGGGCCUUCAACCUGGAGACCAUGGAGCAGCACAGCUCGAGCACAGAGAUGCUGCAGGAGAUUAGGCUGAUGAUGACUCAGCUGAAGAACUACCUGAUCCAGAGUGCUGAGUUGAAGGCCAUCCUAGAACCGGUGGUUCAUCCUGAGGAAAAACUAGAGGUGAUCAUCGAGGCAGCUCUAUGCAAGAGCGUGCUGAAGCCCCUGCGUGAAGCUGUGUACUCACGCCUGCGAGACCUCCACACCCUGGACGGCUCCCUGGACCGGCUGCGGGAGCACCAGAAGGUAGUGCUGGGCACCACCACCACCGACCUGGGCAUCACCACCAGUGUGCCUGAGACUCCUGCCAUGGAGAAGAUCCAGGUCAAGCUGGGCUCCCUGCAUAAGGAAUACUCCCCCGAGAAGAAGAUCUCUCUCCUGCUGAAGGCCUGCAAGAUUAUCUACGAGUCCAUGUCUGUGAGCAGCCCGGGAAAACCUCACGGUGCAGAUGACUUCCUGCCCGUGCUCAUGUAUGUCCUGGUGCGUUGCAACAUGACGACUCUGCUGCUGGACGUGGAGUACAUGAUGGAGCUGAUGGACCCCGCACUGCAACUGGGGGAAGGUUCCUACUACUUGACGACUACCUAUGGAGCACUAGAGCAUAUAAAGAACUAUGACAAGCUGGAGGUCACGGGCCAGCUUAGCCUGGAGAUCCAAGACUCCAUCCACCGCUGGGAGAGGCGUCGCACCCUCAACAAAGCGCGAGGAUCCCGUACCUCUGUCCAGGACUUCAUCAAUGUGUCCUUCCUAGAGGCUGGUUCCAACACCAAGACGCUGGGAGCCCAUGCCAACACCACUGCCCUGGAACUGUGCGCCCAGUGCGCAAAGAAGUUCGACGUCCUGGAGCCAGAGUCCUACGGACUGUUUGUGCUGGUAGACGGCCACUACCGGCCUCUGACCCUGGACGAACUGCCCCUGGCUGUGAAGUCCAGCCUGCAUCACAGUGAACCCCGCAAGGAGUAUUACUUUGUGUACAGACCAGGGAGCAUGGCGAAGGAGCCUGCAUCUCUACAGACUCCCACCCCUCCAGACAGCUUAAUCUGAGGGAUGAGGCUAGGGCCAAACAGGGCCUUGUAAAGUGCUGGUCAUGUGGUUUAAAUUAGCUAUACGUUUACCAAAAAACAUUUUGUAUAAUAUUUUAUAUGUAAAAGCUACUGUAGUUUUAAACUCAUUUUAAUCCUUUUUUAUGGCACCCCCUGGAUGAAUGGAGGGGAAUUAACUCAAAAGUACUGGUGGUGAUGAAGCAAUAAGCCCUGCUGUUGUCCCUUAAGGUGCAGCUGGCCAAUCAUUUCUAUCUCAGGCAGUUGGCCCCACCCCUUUCCCCAGCCAAUGAGAUUUCAUCUGUGGCCUCCUGUACUAACCUGGUGGUUGGUGCUAAUGAGGAUCCUCAGAAGCCCCCCCCCCCCAGCCUGCUGCAUCAUUGGCCAGCAAAUGGCUGCCAGCCUUGUGAAGUGUUUCCAUCGCUGUCCACAUCCAAUAACUCGGGAAGUACAUAGCCCUUCUAGUUGGCUACUCUGAUUUCCCUCAACUGUCAGUGAGUCAGAAUUUACAAUUCGGAGCUGGUUUGGAGCCUUUGGAGUGUUUACAUUCCUGCUGUUAUUUCGUCUCACGGAGGCCUUGUUGCUCCGCUAAUUACAUCCCUGAUGCCACACAUAACCCGCUAAUUCAAUAUCCCUGACAUCAUUUGGCCAAACAAUUAAUCUCCACAGUUAAUUUAGCAUUGACUGCCCUUUCCACUGUGAGAUUGAUGAUGGAGUUCCUUGAAGAACAUAGCAUGUACUUAAAUAUUAAACAUUUAUUCCCAGAAUUUGUUGUAACCUGACUUAACUAUCACUCCUAUCAUUGCAAUAAAUGUUAACUGUCUCUGACAAGUACAAUUAUAUUUGCAAGCAAUAGAAUACAACUUUGCAAAGAAAUAGUUAUACAGAGUUUCUGUUUUUAUUCCGUUAUCCUCAUUUACAUAUAUACCCAAACUCUUCUAGAGAUAUAUACUAGAUCUCAUCAUAAUGGUUUGUCUGACUAAACCUGGAUGUAAUUAAUUGUGUAUCCUAGUAUAAUGAAUUAAAUUUAGAGGUAAAAUAAAAUAACUGACCUGA